AUGUUCUGCAUAAAGGAAUUAGAAGCAUUUGCUGGGCACCAGUGACAGAAGAAACAGCUCACGGAACAGAGAAGUCAAGGUCUGAGUAACCAGAGGAGACUGCAUCAAGGAGGCUGAACAUGAGCUGGGCCUAGGAAGAAGAAAAAAACGGGCUUUCAGGUGAUUUAUUUCUUCUGAAUGUGAAGAACAUUGGUAUUCUCCGUGAAGAAGAGGCAACACUGAAGAGUGGACAACAGUUUGGGCCACUCUCCAACUCAGUUUUCAGCAUCCCCUUGUGACUUCUUCAUAGCUAACAGCUCUGGCUACUUGCUCAUGACACUGUCUCUCUAAUCACAGAGCAAACCCACUGUCUGCCCUUGGUCUCCAGUACUGGGUCUCAAUUCUACUUAGCCCCACUUGAUUCUAGAAGAUAUAAUGGAGAAGUACACAGAAUCCCUACCUACACUGCAGGUAGAGCAUUCCUCCCUUCAGGCAGAGGAUCUGAUUCUACCACCACAAAAGCAGCAUUUGACUAAGGAGGACACUGCUCUGAGGGGCCAAGUCAUGCCUGCCCUGAACACCCCGAUGAUGUCUGUACCCUUCUCGUUUGAGCAUCUCUCCCAGUUUCGUGGUGACCCCGACAGUCUCUCAGUGUUUCUUGCUCAGGUGACUACCAAUUUGACAGCUCUCAAGACCCUCAGUCCUGCAUAUGAUGCCCAAAUUAAGUUCUUCUUUGAUUACCUGUCUCAGCAGAUGGAAAGUAAUGGGGUCAUGUCUGGGCCUGACCAGAGUACUCUGCUGCAACAAUAUGAGGACUUUGUUCUUAAGUUCCAGCAGUCAUUGUGUGAGCCCACAAAACAAGAGAUGAGCCCUCUAGACAAAGGGGACAACUCUCAGCAGGAUGCUACUACUUUUCACUUCCUUGCUCAAAAUCUGAGCUGUAAUGAAAACAGUCUGAGUGAUCACCUCCAAGAGGGACUGCCUGACCCCAUCCAGCAUGAAAUGAGUGGCACAGAUAUGAUGGACAACCUUCCAGACCUGAUCACUCAGUGUAUGCAAUUGGACAAGAAACAAAAUGACUGGCCAGAGCUCCUACAGUCAGAGGCCCAUUUCCCAGUGUUGGCUUCUCAGAUCCACCAGCAAGCCCUCUCCAGCCCUGCAGGUCUAUCAUCCAAGGAAGAGUCUGUACAGCUGCGAGGAAGCCAGCCACCUCUUACCUCAGCCAAACGAGCCCGCCAGCAAGAAACUCAGUUGUGCUCCUACUGUAGCCAGGCUGGUCACUUCACAAGAGAUUGCCUUGCCAAACGUUCCCGAACCCCAGCAAGGGUAAAUAACUCAGCUCACCAGCAAGAGGAGCCCAGGCAGUUCACUUUGUAAAGUUACAUCCCUCUCACCUCUAGCCUUACUGAUUUAUAUCCUGCACUUUAUAGACAGUCAUGAACUCAUGUACUUCUGGGAAUUUACACAACCAGAUCUUGUUCAUUUGGUGACGCAUCACUAAAACUAAUCCAACAAUGAUGAAAACAAUUAACAGGCACUUUCCAUAGUUCGGACCAAUUUGCCAAGAGCACCAAAGACCUGCAGGCAAAACUCUGCCUUGUCUUAGCCAGUACAAACAACUCAGUGCAUUAGGAACCCAUCCCCACUAAUGAUGGAGAUCUGCAUUGAAUUUGUUCACCCAAGUGUUCUGUGCCUACGACUCAGCCAAGCCUUUUAUCCCCACCCUACCCUCUGUAUCCUAGUUCCCUUUUGGUUUAGGACCAUUAGCUGAAGUCCUAACUGCAUUGCCAUAGCCUACCAAUAUUUUCCUACUAGAGGCUGAAUCCUGCUCCACCUAUUGAGUAGAGUCCAGCUUCAACACAAAGCAUCCUGCAUGGAAACACAGCUCUGCCACCCUUCAUACAGCUAUGUAUUUUGUGCCAUUUGAAGACUUCUGUCUGCCCCACAAACUGGCCAUCUUGGCUAUUGACAAACAAGAUGGUAUGGCCCUUUGAACACUCUGCUUGGAACUAUUGGUCCAUUUCUUUGAGGUCUGGCCCUUUGGGCUGGUGUGUAUUUGCAAUGUUGCAAUACUUUGACAAGUAUUUAGUAAGACUUGGGAGAGGAGUCCCAUCCUAGUUAUUAUGUCUGCAACAUGUCCUGGCUGCAUUCAACAGGAAACCUGGCUAAGUAAAUAUCCACUGAAGACUGAGAGUCAAGCCCUGCAGUAGUUUCUGAUUCUGGAGGCAUCAGUGUGAUCUGAGGAUCACUGCCCAAUGAUUUGAGUUCUAUUCUUAGGUACUACCUCGGGGAACCCUCAUCUAGCUGAGGAUCUUGGAGAGCAAUUAAUGGCAGACAACUUUCUGAACCAUCCUAUCUGAAAAAUCCUGGGAUGUAUACAUCAACACCAUCUGUAGAUAGAAGUCAAGAACUGGGGGUUUGAUUGCUUGUGUUGUGCUCUUGGCAUGUGACAGCUUUGUAUAUGAGUUCCUAAUGCUUCUGAACAAAAGUAAUGCCAUGCUGGAAAUACACAACUCCCUAAAAUGUGAAGGAUAUCAAAUGAUGAUCAGUGUUGGAUAUUAAUUACCAGUCCUCUGUUCUCUACUCCUUGGUGCUGAUGUAUGUCGCUAUAAUGGAUCUUCUGAAGAAAUACCAGAUUCCAUACUCCCUAGAAGCCAUCAAGGCCUCUCAGAACAUGCCAUGCCAUUGUACUUUGGCCUUUUUGCCCAUCAGUGCCUCACUAACCACUCUUCCAAUCCUUGUUGGCGUUCACAAGAGGUCUCCUUUAUCAAUAGCUUGCUAUGCAUCCACCUAACUCCAUAUGCUCUCACAACAACAAAGCUAAAUGCAUAUAUUCCAGUAGUGCCAAGAAAUGUCCACUAGGAUACUGGGAUGUAUGAGAUCUUCUAUAAAGUAGAUCAUUUGUACUUUCAGUGACUCUGGGAUUACCUGGACUUAUCCUGAUCUAGCACUAAAAUUUCCGUAAUAAAGGACUAACCUA